CUCCACCAGUGGUGGCUGGCCUAUAGGGGGCGCUAGGGCGCCGCCCCCCUGAUAAGAAGGGGGGGAAAGGGGGAUGGCCAAUAUAUAUUCUAGAUUAUUAUUUUUUUUAUUAUUUUAAUUUUGUUAAAAAAUGUAAGUUUUACAUUGUGGUUUUUUUUCUAUAUGCAAUUCAAAUAAUUUAAAAUACUUUCCCAUAUACUGAGUCAUUAAAUCCACAGAUUUGAACCCUUUCUGUCUUGGGGCGCUAAGUCCGAGCGCCCGAGCAGUGCAGCUAAAUAGCCAGUCACGUACCGUUGCUAGGGCAAAUUAAUAAAAAAUAUAGCCAAUCAGUGUCGCAGAAUUUUAUGCGCUUGGGGCGCUGAAAAUAUUGCCCUUUCAUCAGCAAGUGCCGCGAGAUUUUAGCUAUAAAAAAAAAGAAUAGUGUGGUUUCAUUCAGAGGUAUGAUGGCGAACUUAACGAGCGAGAUGCUGCUGCCCCCUAAUUCGGUGAGAUCCUUACAGAUGUAUCCAUUUGCAAGAAGGACAAUGGAAGAGAAAGUCCAAGUUAAGGAGUUAGGACCCGACAAGCCCGACCUUGUGAUCAGUCAACAGACGAAGGAGAAAAGUAAAGUCUACAAGCGGAGUUUUUGUAGGAGUUGGUUCGAGCGCAAGUCAUGGCUGACAGGCUGCGGAGUAGCCAAUGCACUUUUCUGUUUUCCCUGCCUUCUGUUUAAAAGUGACAAAUGUGAUUUGACAUGGACACAGUCAGGACAAACUGACUUGAAGCACCUCUCUGAACGGAUCAAGAAGCAUGAACGUUCAAGUCUUCAUAUGGAAAACUGCAUCAAGCUAGCAGUGCUAGGAAAGAUUAGCAUAGCAGCACAGCUGGAUGACGGGCACCGCGUCGCGGUAAGAAGACACAAUGAAGAGGUUGAUAAGAAUCGGCAUAUUUUAUCCAAGCUCAUUGACUGCAUUAAGUUUUGUGGUGCUUUUGAACUGGCAUUGCGGGGACACGAUGAAAGGGAUUCUUCAGAAAACCCGGGAAUUUUCAGGGGUUUGGUCGACUUAAUGGCAUCCAUUGACCGGGACUUGAACGAUCACCUUGAAAGUCGCGCUGUCAACACAGUGUAUGAACACAAGGCUGAUCUGCUCAUGUGUUGUGAGACCAUUCGGAAUAGCGCUGAAUUUGACAGCCCGACAAAGAGAGAGGCUGGCGGCUACGUGAGAAUGCUGGAGGAUGAUGCUUUUUGUUUUUUCCUGGCCCUCUUCCACCAAAUAAUGCCACACGUGGACAUGCUGUACAACCAGCUGCAGAAAAGAAACAUUGAUUCUGUCUACAUAUCAGAAAUCAUCCAGAGAUUCAUUGAGAGCAUGCAAGCCAUCAGGGAAGCUGUUCCCUCUCUAGCUGAGGGCCAGGAGGACAGGAGACCUGAACACGAGCCGCCCACGAAAAAACGGAAGAACAUUGGGACAAGACCGGCAGCACCAUUUGGCAACUGAGGUUUGUGACACCAUUAUGUGUCAUGCCAAGGAGAGGUUCUCCUUCACCAAGCACCUGGUCAGCGCCACUCUGCUCCAAGGAGACUUGUUCCCACAACACAGCCAGACGUUCCCAGAUUCAGCACUGGAUACCACAGUGGAAGCCUAUCCCUCUCUGGACAAGGCCAGACUGAAAACCGAGCUUUCCAUGAUCUACGGCAAUGAGGAGUUCCGGAGUUGCAGUGGUGCACUGGCUCUCUAUCAAGUUCUGAUGGAGAAUAAUCUUCAGGACACAUUUACAGAAACUGUAAGUCUUCUCAGCAUCCUCAUCACUACACCGAUGACGACAUCAGAGUCAGAGAGAUGCUUCUCCACUCUGAAGAGGAUAAAAACUUUUCUCAGGAAUGCUAUGGGACAAGAUCGCCUCAACGCUCUGGCAAUGCUCUCCAUAGAGAAAAAACUAACCCGGGACAUCCCUGAUUUCAACACCAGAGUCAUUGAAAAAUUUGCAACCCAGAAAGACAGAAGAGCAAAGUUCCUGUACAAAUAAGAACUGGCAUGCUAACCCCUUCAAUCAGCAUAUUUCACUCAGUUUAUAAACACAAACACACUCCUCUUUCAGUCACUCACUCACUCACUCACUCAUACACUCUGUUCAUUUUUUUCUAUUCAUCCGAUCACACCCUGUAAUUGUUGUUGAUUAUUGUAUUUGAUACCUUCUUUUUUUU